CAACAAGAAACGCUCACUUUAUUCACUCCAAGACGCUGUCUUUCACUCGGCCAACAGAAAGUUGCAGCACUGUAGAAAUUUCAGGAAUGUCAAUUUGCGUCUGAUCUUCAACCCCAGAGAGAGAGAGAGAGAGAGAGAGAGAGAGAGAGAGAGAGGGUAGAGAGAGAUGGGUGGGGUUACUUCAUCCAUGGCUGCAAAGUUUGCAUUUUUUCCACCGAACCCACCAUCCUACAAGGUAGUGAAAGACGAAGCCACAGGGCUGUUGCUACUGGAUCCGCUUCCCCACCGUGAAAACGUCGACGUUUUGAAGUUUCCGACGCGCCGCGGCAAUGAGAUCGUCGCCGUCUAUAUUCGCCACCCAAUGGCCACGUCCACGCUCCUUUACUCCCACGGCAACGCCACCGAUAUCGGCCAGAUGUACGAGCUUUUUAUCGAAUUGAGCAUUCACCUGCGCGUCAAUCUCAUGGCGUAUGAUUACUCUGGCUAUGGGCAGUCCUCAGGCAAGGCAAGUGAACAUAAUACUUAUGCAGAUAUUGAAGCUGCAUAUAAGUGUCUUGAAGAGAGGUAUGGUGCUAAGCAGGAAGACGUAAUCCUCUAUGGUCAGUCGGUUGGAAGUGGCCCGACUGUUGAUCUUGCUGUCCGUUUGCCUCGAUUAAGGGCAAUUGUGCUGCAUAGUCCUAUAUUAUCUGGUUUAAGAGUCAUGUAUCCUGUGAAGCGCACAUACUGGUUUGAUAUCUAUAAGAACAUUGAUAAAAUCCCACUGGUAAAAUGUCCUGUGCUGGUAAUACACGGAACAUCUGAUGAAGUUGUGGACUGCUCACACGGCAAGCAACUUUGGGUACUUUGCCAAGAGAAAUAUGAACCUCUAUGGCUCAAAGGCGGAAAUCACUGUAAUUUGGAGCUCUAUCCAGAAUAUAUUAGACAUCUCAACAAGUUCAUCUCAACUGUCGAAAAAUCACCUUCACGUAGGAUUACUUCAAGAAAAAGCACAGGCCACAGGAAAAGCACAGACCGUAUUGAACAUCCUAGGAGGAGUGUCGAUUUUUAUGAGGCUCCAAGAAAGAGUACUGAUCGGAGAGAGAAAUCAAGGAAAAGCACUGAUAGACCUGAAAAGCUGAAUAUUAGUGAAUACAAGUUCAAUAACAUCGACAAGGUAGACAAGUUUAGAAUCUCUGUUGACCAGAUAGAGAAGUCACGAAGAAGUGUGGAAUACCGUCAUGAGAAAUCCAGGAGAAGCGUCGACUGUCAGCUAGAAAAACCACGGAAGAGCGUUGACUGGCUGGACAGAAUUCGACCUGGGUAAAAUCUCGGGUCAAAGUUUGAAUUGGGUUUGGGACAAAGAAACAUAGAACAGCAGUUGGAUAUGGGGAAAAUAUUUGGGAUCUAACUUAAGGUUGUAGAGUUUGGGGUUUCAACAGAAAGUAUGGGGUUUUUCGGAAUGUGUAAUCUUUGUUAUUUCAAGUUCACAUGUAACUUUGUCAUGGCUUAAUUGUAGAGUUUUGAUGUGUUUUAUGGGUCAUUUUUUCCCUUGAUUGUUAAUGACAGAACUCUAACCUCUUUGUUUUUCUGAAAGGAAAUGAAACUCGUUGUUUAUAUCAA